AGAAACUAAAACAAAACAGAAAAUUGCAUUUGAACGGGACUUUUAUUUUGGUGUGGUGAUGUGACGUCAUUAGGCUGCGCCGCGCUCCUGCAUCGGUGUUUCGGCUGAAGAAAGAGAUGGCGUUUAUUAAAGAAGAGAGUGAAGACUGGAAGAUUGAAGAUGCAUUCAGAGUGAAACAAGAAGAUACUGAGGAACAAACAGACCUGAUUGAGGAGAGUCAAGAGCUGAAGGAUAUGGAAGAAAAAGAGCAGAAAGAGAAAGAUCGCAAUUUCAAAAUUGGAGAAAAAUCUACACAGACUAAAAAGUGCUCCCCUCAAAAAAGUGUCCAGAAGAUCGAAUCUAAGAGUUUUUUUACCUGCCAUCAGUGUGGAAAGAGUUUCAAUCGAAAAGGACACCUUAAGGUCCACGUGAGAAUUCACACUGGAAAGAAACCUUACACUUGCCAACAGUGUGGAAAAAGUUUUACUCAAAAAGGAAGCCUUGGAGUCCACAUGAAAAUUCACAGUGGAGAGAGACAUUUUAUCUGUAAACAGUGUGGAAAGAGUUUCAUUCGAAAAGAACACCUUAAGGUCCACAUGAGCAUUCACUCUGGAAAAAAACCUUACACUUGCCAACAGUGUGGAAACAGUUUUUCUCAAAAAGUAAGCCUUGAAGUCCACAUGAGGAUUCACACUGGAGAGAGAAAUUUUAUCUGUAAACAGUGUGGAAAGAGUUUCAUUCGAAAAGAACACCUUAAGGUCCACAUGAGUGUUCAUACUGGAAAGAAACCUUACACUUUACAAAAGAAUGCAAAAAAACACACAAAAAAAAAAAGACACAUAACCCACACCAGAAAACACAAUAGAAACAGUUUCAUCACCAACCAACAAAUUAAAACACACUUGACUACCAAUUAG